AAAAUCAUGGUCCUGAAGUAGUUGCUCUUAACAUUGCUGAAAAAUAUGUAGAAGCCUUUGAACAAUUUGUUAAACAAGGCAAUUCUAUAAUUGUACCAGCUUUCUAUGAUGCUGGAUCAAUGAUUGCUAAGUCUCAUAAUGCUAUGUAA